CUGGCUGGGGGCUGGGCGAUUGUGUGUAUUAGUCUCACCUGCCCUUGCCAGCCCGCCUUCCCCCGGGACCAUGGUGCCAUCGCCGCGGCCUCGGGCCAGCUACAGCCUGACGGGGGUGACCCCGGCCAGCACGGUGCUGGUGUACCGCAACGGGGACCCCUUCUACUCGGGCAGGAAGUUCGUGAUCCACCAUCGCCACGUGAGGACUUUCGAGGCGCUGAUAGCCCAGCUGAAUGAAGGGGUGGAGGUGCCCUUUGGGGUGAGGACUCUGUACACCCCCCAGGAAGGGCACCGCAUCCGCAACCUGUCUGACCUAAAGCAGGGCGGGAAAUACGUGGCCGCUGGGCGGGAAAAGUUUAAAAAACUGGAUUAUAUUCAUAUAAGCAUUAAAAAACCACAAAGACGAAAGAAGGUUGUGAUGAUUAAACCAGUAGUUCAUAGUAAAAUACGUGUGCCUUCCAGGUGGCAAUUGAUCAGUAAUAAGCCACGUAAUAUCAAUGUUUUCACAAAUGGAGAUAUGCUUAUACCACCUAUAAAAUUUAUCAUACCCAGGUUUACUCUGAAAAACUGGAAUUGCGUCCUUGCACUAAUAAAUGAAAAAAUCUUUCCUCGCUCCGGUGGUGUUCAUAGGCUGUACACAUUGGAUGGUCAUGCUGUACGUAACUCAGAUGGCUUAGAAGACAAUCAUUAUUAUGUUGCAGUGGGCAAAGAAAAGUUUAAAUCUUUGCCAUACUGGCGUUCUUCCAGAGUUUCACCAGAAGUUCAGCGGUAA